UAAAUAUUCACGAAUAAUGAAAAAUUUUAUUGAUACGAAGAACGCAGAUUCUGAAAUUCUUAUAAAAACACAACUACAUACAGUAAAAAACUUAUCAUCGUAAAUUUAAACAAAUUCUUUGGAAACCAUGUCUUCUAAAUAUUCGUCGAAAUUAUUCGAUUCCGAAAAUGAUGAAAAUUAUAUUUACCAUCAAAGACCAACCAGGAGCGGGGAUAAUUCAGGAUUCAAUAUCUUUGGGGAUUCUUCUGUCAGCCCCCUCAUGCCAAGAUCCUUAAACGAUCGCGAAGAAAAAUUACAAAAAAAUUAUCAUGAAAUUAACGGUAAAUUGAUUCCACCACAAUUCGGGUCAGGUGAUGAUAAUGUGGAAAUUACGAAUGGCUUCGAUAAGGAUAAUAUUUCUAAUCCAAUAGUCAACGGUGGACCUCACGAAAUGCAAAACGGCUAUCAUGCAGUAGGGGUAAGUGAUUCGGCUGAUGAUGAAACAGAUUCAACUAUUACCGAGGAAAUAAAUCACCACUAUAAGCACGAAUCUUCGAUCUUUUAUUCGGGUGAGAGGGAAGAAGAAAAUUUUCCGACAAAAUAUGUGAACAGGGGCGGUGCUGACUCCGAACGCAACUACAAGAGAAACCAAAGAGGUAUGUACAACCCUAUCACAGGUGAGUCAUAUGAUUGAGUCAGAAAAUGUAAAAUUCAUUAAUAUAUCUUUUUCCAUCACUUUAUAAAAAAAAAUAA